AUGGGAGGGAGUUUGCUGGACGUCGAGAGCAAAUCAGCAAUGAACACCUUUCGGCCACCGCCCGGAUUCAUGGAUGAAGAUGGGCCCAAAGGUGCCAGCCCAGCAGCGCCUGAGGUGCUCCUGAACAGGUUGAGGUCGGGUUCGGGGAAGUGGCAUGAGCUGGCAAUGCUGGUGCCUACGCUGUCCACUCUAGGAAUUGACAACACCAUCAUCGAGGCGGAGACAGGCAUCGAAAGGGCACAGCUCAAUGCAUGGGUGGUAUCGGUCCAGGUGUACGAGUCACUGAGGAAGUCUGGCGAGCUGUCGGAGUCGCAGAUGGCAUACUUUGACCGGGAAGAUGGGGCAGAGCUGCUGUAUGAGAUGCGGCUGCUGUCUGUCACAUCUCGCCCCACCCUCGCAGCUUACAUUGCAGACGAGGAGCUGGACCCCUCGUUGGCGACACUGCUGUCAAAGUCUGUGAAGGAGCAGCUAAGGAGGAAGGGGGAGAACGAGGGCUUCUCACAGGCGCCCGGAGACUGCCUCGCCUACAAGUACUACCGGGAUGCGGUGGAGAGCAAGAGGGAGGAUGCCAAGCUGGCGUAUGUGGAGAAGGGGCUGGAGGUCGCUGCCACUGAAGCCGCCCGCGCCAAGCUGAGGAAGCUGACGGACCGGGAAGAGGCUCAGCCACAGGACGGCGCCGCGGCCACUUCAGCGCGGCUGGAGAUAAUGCGACUGACGCGCGAGGAAAUGGCGUUCCAGCCGGUGCCGCUGCUGCCGGGCCUGCCGCAGCUGUCGGCCGCCGUUCUCCAAGCCGCCCCCCGCCUGCGCCAGUCCGGGCCGUUCUCCGCUUUCACCGUGCCGGCCGCCGCCUCUGACCAGCAGUGGGUGGCACUCCCGGCGUGGAAUCUGAUCAGGCGUGCAAGGACACCUGUCGCCAUCACCAUAGACAACUGUCUGGACGUCCCGGCCAUCGUGGCAGCCGCUAACCCCAGGACAGCGGAGGCCCGGCUACGGCUGAUGGGAACGGCGCUGCUGGUGGUGGACUGCAGCGUGGAGAAGGUGACAGAGGACAGCUACUAUCUCAUUCAAGAGGGAACGCAGGUGGAGAUCAGGGACGGGGCUCAGCUUGAUGGAGCCACCCCCUGUGCCCAAGUCCUGUUCUGCUGCCGGCCGCCCUCCAUGUCUUUCACGAGCUCACAGGAGACCAGCUCUCUGCUGCAAGUGUAGGUGUAUGGUGUUUGGCGGCGCAGAGGGAAGAUAAGUUUACGUUAUUUUUUUUAAAUUUUGAAAGCGAUGGAGGUACUUUGACACACUAAUGUGGAAGAGGCAGCACUGUAAAUGGGCUUGCCC